AUGCUCAUCCUCGAGCCCCUCUUGGCCACCUUGGCCGGCGGCCUCUCGCUCCUCAUGCUCUUCCGCCGGAUCCGCGCCUCUCGCCCCUCUCUCACCCCCAAGUCGGUCGCACUCGUCGUCCUCGGCGACAUUGGUCGCAGUCCGCGCAUGCUGUACCACGCUCAGAGCUUUGCCCGUCACGGCUACACGACCCACAUCGUCGCCUACCGCGGCUCGACCCCGCCAAAGGACCUCGCAGACGACCCGCACGUCCGCUUCGUCUACCUCGAGACACCCGCCGCUUGGGUCAGCUCCCUCCCGAGACCCCUCUUCGUCCUCUUCCUCCCGCUCAAGGUCGCCGCCGGCGCGUGGUCCCUCCUGCGCGCCCUCAUCGCCAUCCCCGUCGCGCCCGCUUUCCUCUUCGUCCAGAACCCGCCGGCAAUCCCGACCCUCGCCAUCGUCAAGGUCGCCGCCCUCGUGCGCGGCAGCAGGGUCAUCAUCGACUGGCACAACACGGGCUACUCGGUUCUUGCCCUGCGACUCGGCGAGCGACACCCUGUCGUGCGGCUCGCAAAGUUCCUCGAGCUCCUGUUCGGUCGAUCGGCACACCUGCACGUGUGCGUGUCGGACGCCAUGAAGGCGCAGCUCGUCGACGAGGCAAAGCUGCGAGGUCGAGUCGUCACGUUUCACGAUCGUCCACCUGCUGCGUUCCGCCGCCAGACAGAUCAAGAAGCCCACGAGCUCUUCCGCCGCCUGCCCGUCCUCUCGUCCAUUACCUUCCCCUCGACGACCUUGCGCUCGCCACACCCGGGCGGCACCCUCUUCACGACGCCGACGGGCCACCUCGCCUCGCCGCGCCCGGCCAUCCUCGUCUCGGCUACCUCCUGGACGCUCGACGAGGACUUUUCGAUCCUGCUCGCCGCCCUGUCGACGUACGAGCGCGCUGCGGCCUCGCUCGCGACGGGCGAGGGCGCGGUCCCGCCUGUGCUUCGGCUCGCCGAGACGGGCACGAGGAGGGAGAGGCGGUUGCCGCCUGUCGUGGUGCUCGUCACGGGCAAGGGGGCGGCCAAGAAGGCGUUCGAGAGGGAGGUCGAGAGGAGGGAGAGGAGCGAGGGGUGGGAGUGGGUCAGGGUCAGGACGGCGUGGCUCGAGAGGGAGGACUACCCGAGGCUGCUCGGGAGCGCCGACCUCGGCGUAUCGCUGCACACGAGCACGAGCGGCAUCGACCUCCCGAUGAAGGUCGUCGACAUGUUCGGGUGCGGCCUGCCCGUCGUCGCGCUCGACUUUCCCUGCGUCGGCGAGCUCGUGCAGGACGGCAUCAACGGGCGCACGUUCCGCGACGCCGACGACCUCGCCGACCGCCUCAUUACCCUCCUCCAGGCACACCCGCAGCCCUUCCCCUCGGACCUCGACGUCCUCCGAGCAGGCAUCGCCGAGGCGCACUACGGCGCUCCCGUCGCUCGACGAGACGAGGGUAUGCACGUGGACGGCGAGGGCGAGGACGAGCGGGCGGCGCUGGCGAGGUGGGGCAGCUGGGAGGAGAGCUGGGACCGGAUCGUCAAGCCUUUGCUCGCGCCCUGAGCGUCGAGGAGGUGCUCUCUUUCUCGCGUUGUCUAGAUCUCUGUAGCCUCUCUGUGCAAGUGUAUGGAAUGCGGGCGUGUCUGUACAUUGCUCGUCCACUUCU